GUCACCAGCACAACAGGUCAGUGUGGCAGGUGACGGCGGCGGGGGAGGGUGUGGCCCUUCGCUCGCUCCAUCAUGCUAUAACUUUGUAACAAUCACGGUCGGGAAUCCCUGGAGUUAAUACGCUGCCAAGCUCCAAACGAUCAUUAAAACUGUAAGGGGUUUUAACUUGUCCCAGCGGUCGAGAUACGUGGUUGUUGUGUUAUGGGCAACGUCCUUGUUAGGUGUUGUAUUAUGCAAUUAACACCAUUGGUCGGAGAGAUACAUUAUGGCAGCAAUGAGUGGAUACAUCAACUCCCAGACGUGGGAGGUGAGUGCCUGGUUUGAAACAUACGAGGUGUCAUGGGAAAAUACGUCGCUCAUUUUUGUGUUGACUGUGGCACUGUCGCUGGCGGUUGUCAUUACCACUUGGAUGAUGCGAGACUCCGGGUACGACACAAACCAUGGGCACCAAGACCAGUGUGAGAUAGCAGAAUUACAAGGCAUUCAGGAAGUAAAUACAGAUGAAGAAUCUGAGCAGGAGAGGAAUGAUGAGAGCAUAGAGAAGCUGUUGGAGAUAAGUGGGCCUUUGCCUGGGGAGGCAAGGAAGGUGCCACGUCAAGUCCUAGAGAGGACUGUUGAGAAGCAAAUGACAGAGGAACAGAGACAGGCAGAAAGGGAUGCACAGUCUGAACAGUUGGCAGCCAUUUUCAAGAUGAUGCAAGACCAAGAAGAUAAAUUUGGACAGACAACAAUUGAUGAAAUAAAAGACCAAAUGAAGCUUUACUGCGGUUGAUUGUAUCCACCGAGGGUACAACCCAAAGUUUUUAUUGUCAUGACCCCCAGCAUGCCAUAUGAACAAUUUUUUUGCCAAGAUAAAUUAGUGAUAAAUUGCUUAAUGUUGUUCCUAGAGGUGUUAUAUUAAAUGUCAUAUCAUUUAUACAGUGGAACCUUAGUACUCAAAUUUAAUUGGUUCCAGAAGGCCGGUCAAGUGGCGAUCUGUUUGAGUACCAAAUAAUUUUCCCAUAAGGAAUAAUGUAAAUUGGAUUAAUCUGUUCCAGACUACAAAAAUAUACAUAAAUACAGUAAAUAAAUGCAAAUUUAUUCUCUUUACCUGCACUUAGAGUUGAUAAUGUAUGUGGAGGGUAGUGAGGAGAGAUGUUAUGGUGUGGCAGAGGAAUCCCCAACCAUGCAAACUAAAGGUAAUUAUGCUUUUGGAAUUCUCUCUCUUGUCUUUUUCUAUUUCCUCCUUGAAACUCUCAAUGCUUUUCUUGCAACAAACUUGUCAAUGAUGUUUUUGAAUACAUACACACACACACACAGGGACCGCUUUCAUAUUUUUCAUCUUUAUUGUAGUUCUGACUAACUUUCUUUUCAUUUGGCUCUUAUUGCUGACCACCUUAGGCGACAUGGUGCCUUGUGCUAAGUAUAUAAAAAAUGCCUAAGAAAACAUGAGAAGUUUACAGAUCAGUUUAGUAGGGUUGUGCACUUAAAGGCAGCUACUAGAAAACUGAUUAGUCUGUUAUGGUUGUUUAUGUUUGAGAGCUGAGCAAACGAUCAACUACUGAGCACGAACAAAGCAUUCAACUGCAGAAUUGCUUGAGCUGGGAUCUGUUAAAGUACCGAGGUUCCUCUGUACAUGUUUUAUGUCUUUUGAUGCAUAUAUGCAUUUCAUGUAAUACAUAUAAAUACUAUGAACAUUAUUAUAAAAGCAUUUACAGUAUGUAUAAUUGUUGCUGGAAUAUAUGAAACCUGUCAAGAUUUUUCAUGUGUGCAGUCACAGUGUCAAGGAAGUAUAUUUCACUCAUUUGGACAUAAACAUGUAUCCCUUCGUCUCCCUUUCCCUCCCCAAGAUAUGUAGCAAGUUUCUGUAGCAUGUGCGAGCUCAAAUUGACACAAACCAUUACGACAGUGUAGACAUUGUUGCCAGUGUAUGAGCAGGGAGGUUAGAAGGUAGAUGCCAGAUUGCACCAUCCCAAAGUGGCCAACAUAUAUAAUCCUGUACUGUAUGUAGAAUUUGAUUAUUUGUUCCAGUAUUCAAUAUUUAAUAAAUUCUUAUUAAAUUUA